AUGUACAUUUCAGACGCAAGGGAUCUCCAGUGCUGCCAGAGUCAGGUUCCUAAACUUGUCGACCACUUCAUCUUGAGGCCAAGCGACAAGGACAACAUCAAUGCCAUGUGCUGCUGCAAGAACGACUCAGUGUCCGCCUCAUCCUUCUCGUCCUUCUCAAGCGACGAACCCAACGCUCGUCCCAUCGAGCUGCCAACCAUCCGCCGCUCUACCGCUGGUACCAGUCGCACAACUGCCAGCAUGCCUCAGCAGGCCCCUCAGCGUGCGGCUGGCCGCGAGACUAUCCUCUUCGUCGAAGAGAUUACGUCGAGUCGAAGCUCUGGUCGCUCUCAUCUCACGUCCUACCGUUACUGUAUAUAUCUCUCUGCAACUAUUGGAGAGACAGAUGCACUCAACCACGAGAUCUUGGAAGAGUCAAACACCAGUGCCGUGCCUGUUGCUCCAGCAGUCCCUCAACCACCAAACAACCAUGUCCAGGGAGUAACAGACGCCUCUGACGCCGAGGUUGACUGGGCUCCUCCCGAAUCCGCCUACUCCUUCAUGCCAGACCUCAACUUCAUCGCUGAAGCUGUCAACAUUGCUGUGACCUUCGCCAACGCCUUCAACGACAUAGAGGUAAUUGAUGGAGAUUAUGCGCAGCGAGAACUGCAACCAGAAGACUCUUGGUGGGAAGCAAGGGAAGCAGACCUGUCCACAAAAUACAGAUACUGGCAGUCCGUCAACUCUGCAUCGACCAACACAACUCUGCCAGCCAUCAACGAAAUCGAGCAAAACACCAAGCUCAAGGACCACUUCAGAAAGCGAAACAUGUUCAUCAACAACAUACAGGCCAACGCUUUCUUCAAUGAGAAGGAGUGA